CGGCGUAGGUGUGAAUUCCCGGAAGAAACUUUUGACGGGAGGGCGGAGUCGCAGGGGAAAUCAGCUGCCUUCGAAUAGCAGCAGCAAAUCGAGAGGACAGACAGAGAGGGAAGUGGCCGGGGAUCGGCGGUAGCGGGUACAAAUAACUCUGACAGAAUGGAUAAACUCCAUAAAGAAACGGAGGAGGUUUUGGAGAUCAUGCAUGUAAAUGUGGAUAAAGUAAAGGACCGGGGAGAGAAACUGGAAGUUCUCGAUGAAAGAGCCCAGUGUCUGAUGGAAGCUGGUAAAACUUUCCAGAAGGCAGCCAAAGUCGUGGCUCAUCAGGAAAAGAAUAAGAAUAGGAAGUGGAAGCUGAUUGUGGGAGGAACCGUGUUUCUUGUUGUCCUCAUCGUCAUCAUCAUUAUCAUCAUUGCUUUCAGCAUGCCGUCUCCAGGAUCAUCCAGCAUGUCAUCUCCAGGAUCAUCACUCCAACUCAGUCCUUCCAUGAGUCCGGAACGGAAGCAAUAAACAUUGGAAUCGAAAAGCGAAAAAUAAACAAAACAAACUGCGCACAUUGGAAAUCUGCAAUAAAAUCAGAAACUUGAGGAGACACUCGGCAGGUCAGGCAGUAUCUGUGGAGAGAGAAGCGUGGUUAACGUUUCAAUGGUUUUUAAAAUAUUUCCAGCAACCUUUGUGGGCUGGACUGCUUUUUUUUCUUUCUGGAUUUGAAAAUUAUUAUCAGAAUUUGUCAUUAGAGGCAUCUUGCGUGUGAGCUGCUUUAACUGUGGUACCUAGAAACCAAAAUAGAGCAAGGAUUGACACUUAACAUGGUCUUUUGUGACCUAUAAUUUUUUUUAUUAUUUAUCCGUGACAAACUUCGUAUUAAAAAUAAUAUAUAAAAUUUUCAUCCUGAUGGAGCAUAUCCAAUUCUUCUGCUUUGUUUCUGUCUCUGUACGGAGAAACCACACAUCGAGUGUGUGACACCCUGCUGUAAACUGGUACCAAGAUUCAAGAUAGUUUUUUUUUGCCAUUCUUC